UCUCUCAAAUAGAAAAGACGCUUCCGCUGUUGGUCAUGGUAAAAGUUGUGGUAUUGUGUUUGUUGUAUUGUCUUAGGAAUGGACGCUGGUACAGCAAUAUAGGUUGUUUAUUCUACUGAACAGUGAUCGGUCUGGCAAGCAUGGAAAGUAACUGUUGGUAUUCUUUUAAAGAUGAAACUGGUUUACCAGUCGUGUUCUUUAAUUCAGAAACAGGAGAACAUAGAUGGUCCAGUGCUUUUAAGCAUGUUAAGUGUUCAAGAGCUACUAUUGAUGAAGUUCCACCAAAGUAUCAUGAUGAUGAUACUAUAGUACUGCAACGAAAAGUAAAAAGUUUUCAAAAUAUUGCAACUGAGACAGAUAAAGACUUCUUUCCAAGACAAACCAUUUGUACAAAUGCUGCAACUAAUACAGACCAUGUUUUUCUUGAAGAAGGUUCUUCAUUUUUAGAGARGUUCGAACAAAACAAAGARAAAGAAUCACAUGGCAGACAAGAAGGUGUAAACUUGUAUGGUGCAGGUGAACAAGAAGAGUUCACAUCAGCAGCAUCUCCACUGGGAAAUCCUUUCAAUAUUGACUCCAAGGAAGAAGAUGCAAUGGAUCAUGAAUAUGGACAGUCCAAGGAAUCUCUUGUGCAUAAUUUAUUUGCCAUGGAACUUUCAUCAGUUCUUUCCUAUGAGGAUUUGCAACAAAAUGACUGCCAUGAGAACCAAUAUGGGACAAAUACRAUGCCUAGAAAUGUAAUGGAAAAUGAGAAAGAAAAAGAUGAAAAAAUGAGACAAUGCGAUCCACCUAUGAUGAAGAUCAAAGUUGAGCCAGAAAGUGAUCAAGUUCAUGAAGAGCAAAUGUACGGCAAUGGAGACCAGACUUCAGGCGAUUUCAGCCUUGUUGACCUUUUACCAAGAAAACAAAAGCGAAAACACAGAUGUACUCUUUGUAAGACAUGGUUUAAAACUGCUUCAAAUCUUGAAAGACAUAUGAUGUUUGUUCAUUCAAAUGAAAUGGAAACAAAGCCUCGACCUCAUGCUUGUACUAUUUGUGACAAGAGGUUUGUAGAAGCUAACUGUCUUAGGAAACAUCUGCGCACACAUACUGGAGAGAAGCCCUACCGUUGUCCAUUUUGUGGYAAGGGUUUUGCUCAGUCACAGAACCUCAACAAACACAAGUACAUCCAUACAGGCUCACGUCCUCAUAAGUGUAAAGUUUGUGGGAAGACAUUUCGACAACACAGCCACUUAGCAAGGCAUAAACUUAUUCACACUGGAGAAAAACCGUAUCAAUGUAGUGAAUGCCCAAAAAACUAUCGAACUAGGAGUCAUUUAAUUAGACAUUUUAAAUCCAGUAAACACAAAGGCCUGAUUGACAACUCAAAGAAACCUGUCAUUGAACCUUGCAUUCAAACAAGCCCUGSUGAUGAGGUUUGAUAGAUCUUGUACACUGUAUUAAGGGAAAKUAACCUAAUUUUAUUGAGGGAAGUGUCAAUCAUUGAAAUGGUGGUGUAUAUAUAAUGAUUUUAAUGAUUUUGGUAACCAUASGGUUUCUAUCAAUAUUGUCCAGGAUAUAACCUGUACAUAUCCAYUUGGGGUCGGGRAAACUGGCAAGGUYUAUUAUGUGAGAWUUGUUUUAAAAGAACUUUCUACAACCUUGCUCCCUGUUAAUGAAGUUAAAACAACUAACAAUCAACUGUGAUAUUAAAUGGAAUAAGUGAAUAAAAUGAAUGAAAGAAAAUGACAUUUUAA